AUGAGCUCGCAAUUUCAAUUUCUUGAGACAGAGACUCAAUUUACAGCAGUCCAUCAAAAAGAUUGCGAACCUUAUUACAACCAUGAAAUGGGAAGCGUAAUCGUCUACAACAGCCAGCGACAACAGCUUCUUACUGUGAGAUACCAGAACAAGUGCCUUAGCUGUUGCGAAUGCGAUGUGCAGUUUUCAGCGCACCAUCAUAGCCUUGGAGAAGUUUUGUCGACUACAAUUGUCAAACAGAACAAGUGUCACACGAUGACUCGCAUCUGUUCUGUUCUGUUCUGCCAAUGCCCGACGAUGCAAGAAGAAGGUAUUUUCGCCGGACAAGAGCAACUUGGAAGUUUAAGAACAAAUUACGGCUGUUGCAAAACACCUACAGGAGAACUGAUUGACUCUUACUCAAAUCCAGUCUUUGACUUCAACAUGCCACAGCCCUCAUUCUCAAAUCGACACGGAGAAGAGCAAAUUAUAUUCGGCCAAGAAGGAAAUGUUAUUGCAACUCUAGACAGUCAAGUGGAACGUAUCACUGAAGAGACCAAAAUCUUAUUCUUCAAGACUAACAUGGUGAAAGACCGCAAUUACUUCGCUACCGUGAAUUUUCCACCUCAUCUCCCGAUUCAAAUCAAGCUUUGUCUAUUGAUGAAAACUGCGAUGAGAGCUCAUGAAAUUUACCGAAUUGCGAAUCCGAAACCAUCAAGCAACGGCGAUAUUCACAGAUUUGAAGAAGGAGCUACUGCAGCUAAGAGAAGGAUUAGCUCCCUACCGGCUCAAGAAUUACUCUCAGACAAUACGAUAUCGACACUGCCAAGUGACCAAACCCAAAUGCAUUUUUCCCCAUCCAAGGAGGGACAAUGUCACGCUUCUGACGAGCAGCAAGUUGCGCUUGUCGAAGCUGAAUCCACUUUCGAUGGCUCCGGACUCGCCACCCGUGAUGCCGUCCCAGAAUCAGCAGCUACUGCUGCAGCACACAUCUCUUUUGGGUACGAGAUGAGCGCGCAGUCUGCUAAUUCUAACAAUAACUCCAACCAACAGGAAGGAGAUGAAGAGGAAACCGUAGAAGCUGAAGCUGAAGCUCCGGAAUCCGCUGAAAACCCCGUCGAACAGGUUGCUGAAGAAGCGCAGCAAGAAGAAGAAGAAGAAAACAUUGAAGGCGAAGCAGUUGAGGAAGCCGACCUCGCAGCUGAUAACGAUGACGUGCAAACCCUUUACUCUGAAUCGAUCGCUACUGCUAUUUCUGCCCUCGAAGAUGACGCCGAGUCUACCAUCACUGAAGGUUCCACCUGGGGAGAUGACUUCUCUCCUUGGGAGCUUCAGGUCAAGGCCAACGAGUUCACCGUCCGCGAUCUUGUCACAAUGAAGAAGGAAUACCAAUUCCGAGUUGUUGCGGUGAACAAUGCCGGUCGAUCUCAGCCAUCAAAGGCUUCCGAAAUCUGUCAGCCCCGACCCGACCAGAAACGACCCUCGCCACCACGAGCUCUCAAGAAUGUCGGCACCACUCCAAGCUCUAUCUCGCUCGAGUGGGACGUCCCUGAGAAUGAUGGUGGCGCUCCAAUCCUCGGCUAUGCAGUGCAAAUGCGCGCUGGCCGAUCCAAGCAGUGGAAGGAAAUCGCUGUUGAUGUCAACGAAACCAACCUCCAUGUUCCAGAUUUGACUGAAGGCAUGGACUACGUUUUCCGCGUCCACUGCUACAAUAUUGCCGGUAUCUCUGACUGGCAUGAAAAUCUCGACCCUAUCACCGCCAAGUGCAUGUUUGAUCCUCCUGGAGUUCCUCGAUCUCUUCGAAUCAUGGAUAUCACCGCUGAAGCUGUCGAGCUCAAGUGGAGAGAACCAAUCUUCAACGGUGGUACUGAAAUCACUGAGUACUGCAUUGAGCGCCAGGACAAGGGUACUCCCAAGUGGAAACUCGUUUCAACCGUCCCUGGCGAUUCUAAGCAAGCUAUUGUCAACGAUGUCACUGAAAAGGCCGAGUGCCGAUUCCGAAUCUACGCCAAGAACGAAGCUGGUAUCGGUGAAGUCUCCCAGCCUACUGAAUAUGUUAUGAUCCAGGAUCCACUUUCUCCUCCAUCCCCACCAUUUGAUGUCCAGUUUGUCCAGAUUGCCGCUUCCUUUGUCUCUCUUAAGUGGAAAGCGCCCGCUGACAAUGGUGGAUCUGACAUUCUCGGCUACUACAUUGAGCGAAACAUGGUCAUGGCCGAUGGUACUGAAGAAUGGGCUCGAUGCGCCGCCACCAAGGGCGACGAAACUGAGGGUAACGUCACCAACCUCCGAUCUGGCCGAGAAUACAAAUUCCGUGUUGUCGCCUAUAACUGCGCCGGUAUGUCUCAGCCAUCGGAUGCCUCCGCUGAAGUUGAGCCAAAGGACCCCGACAACAGCCCAUGGCACAAAAUCUCGGCCGAGAAUGUCACUCUCAUUGCUGGACAAAAGUUGCGCAUCCGAGUUCCAUUCGGUGGAUCUCCAAUGCCCACACUUACCUGGCAGAAGGAUGAACGCGAUUUCAAGAAAGAGCUCGGAAUCCGACUUCAAUCUUCAUCUGCCGAAUCGUCUAUCUUUGUGGCUGCUGUUCGACGAGAACAUCAGGGUCGAUACUGCGCUGCUAUUGAGAAUAAGAUCGAUACGAUUUAUGCCACUUGCCGUGUCAUUGUUCAGGACCGACCUGGUGCUCCACAGAACCUUCAGAUCGGCGAAGUCACCAAAUCUACUUGCAAACUCACCUGGACUCCACCACAGGACGACGGUGGAUGCCCAAUCGAAUAUUACUCCAUCUUCAAGCAAGAAGAGGGACGCCGAACUUGGGGACUUGUCAAUCCCGAGGUUACUAAGUGCGAGUGGAAAGUCGAGGAGCUUAUCACUGACACAGUUUACACCUUUAAAAUUGUCGCGCACAACAAGGUCGGUGCCGGUGAGCCACUCAUCUCUGGCGAAAAUACCAAGGCUAUUGACCCCGUCGAUCCACCAGAGCCACCACAGGAUCUGAUUUCCAAGGAUGUUACGUCAUCGUCGGUCACUCUCCGAUGGAGCCGACCUGACCGAGAUGGCGGAGCAGCUAUCAUUGGAUAUUGCCUCGAAUUCGCCGAGAAAGACACUGAAGUCUGGAACCUUCUCUGCGGCCAACUGGACGGUACGAAAUACCAGUGCCGAGAACUCAUCGAAGGCAAGGACUACGAGUUCCGAAUCGCCUCGAUCAACCGCGAGUUCCACUCCAAAUGGGCUUACUGGCCAACUGCUAUUCGAGCCUCUGAUCCACUUGCUCUUCCACAAAUCGAAGUUAUCAAGUCUAAAGAAGCUCAGGAAACUUUCGAAGCUCGAGCUGGUCGGGAUUUGAAAAUCGAAUGCAACGUCUUUGGUAACCCUUACGCCAAAGUGUCGUGGUAUCAUAUCGAUGAGGAGGGACAGAGUCUUCAAGCUUCCGAGCAGCGAGCUCUUGACAUCUUCUCUGCCAUUUUGGGUAUUGUCCAGCCUGAAGAUAUUCCACCAGAGCUCUUGACUCACGUUAGCGCCCCUACAAUCGACAACCUUGAUGAAGGUUACGAAGGUGACGAAGCCGGUGGCGCUAACAAGAUCGUCCAGAAGGGGCAAAAAGAAGAACUUCCACCACAGCGACAAAAGGGUGCUGCUUUCUCCACUUUCUUGGAAGCCAAGGACUUCCCUAUUACCGAAGAAAAGGUUGAGCUUACCGUCGAAGUCAAGGAUGAGGACGCCGCUGUUGUCUGGAAGCGAGAUAACAAAGAGCUUAACUUGGGCGAGAAAUACAUCGCUUCCGCUGAAGGUCUCAGGCGAACUUUGACCAUUACUGGCGCUCGACUUACUGAUGCAGGUCGAUUCGGUUGCUACAAGGGUGUUAACUCUUUCACCGAUGCCGUCAUCACUUUCCGAGAUGAAGAUGGAAAAUCUCAAGCUGAUCUUGACCGAGAAGCCGCUGAAGCCGAAGCACGAGCUAAGGAUCCUAACCGAGCCCUUACUGUUGCGGAACAGAAUGAAAUCUUUCUCCAGCGACUCUUCAGCGAAUCGCAGCCAAAGCUUCUCGAAUCUUCCGACAAAGUCACCGUCUCUCAGACCAAAAAAGAUUCGAAGAAUGGUCAUUCCGAGCUCAUUGUCAAGAACUGCACUCGAAAGAACCGAGGUCGAUAUUUGAUCAUUGCCGAGAAUAACCAAGGACGAAACUAUGUUAUCGUCAACAUGAAUGUUUUGGACGUUCCCGGUGUUCCUCAGGAACCAUGGACUUACUCUGACCCAUGGAACAACGCCAUCACUCUUGAGUGGAACGAGCCUGAGGAUGAUGGUGGAGCUAUGAUCUCGGGCUACACUCUUCAGCGAAAAGAACUCGAGCGACAAGCUCUUGGCUGGACUGUUGUUGCAACUAACAUCACUACAACCAUGUACCGCGCUACCAAUCUUCGCGACGACAAGACCUACCAGUUCCGAAUCGCCGCUGAAAACAAGCUCGGACACUCACCAUGGCUCUGGUCUCGAAUUUACAAGCCAUCGCUGCCCUUUGAUCCUCCAGCACAGCCUGAUGUCCCUGUCCUUACUGACAUUCUCGUCGGACAAUGUCGAGUCAAUUGGACUGAACCCGCUAACGGUGGAAGUCCAAUUCUCGGCUACUACCUCGAGAAAAAGUCGGACCAAGGAGAGAAGUUCAUCAAGGUUGUCCGAAAGAAGAUCGAAGACACCUCUUACUUCAUCAACGAGAACUUGUUCGCCGGCAGAACUUAUCAGUUCCGAGUCAUUGCUUUCAACGAAGCUGGCUCAUCAAAGCCCUCUAACCCAACUGCACCAACUGCUAUCGAAGAUCCAACUUACGCUCCUGGCAAGCCCGUUGUUCGAGUUUCUGAUUCUACCAAAAACUCUGUUCAACUUGAAUGGAACGCUCCUGAAAAUGACGGUGCCGUCGGCAAGGAAAACCUUCGAUAUACUGUCGAGCAGCUUCUGGAAGAAAACGAAUGGUCUGCUCUUACUACCGAGCCGAUCAAAGAGUGCCAAUUCAAUGCCACUGAUUUGAAAGAGCAUGCUCAGGUAACUUUCCGAGUGAAGACCGUCAACAAGGCUGGUGAAUCCGAGCCCGCUCUCAUCAAAGAGGUCAUCGCCAAGGAUCGAUUUGAGAUUCCUCUUAUCAAACUUGACGAAGAAUUCGAGCGUGAAUCUGUACGACACAUGGCUAACAACCGAUUUUGGCUCAAGGCAUCCGUUACCGGACGACCCUUCCCAGAAAUCAUUAUCAAGCAUGGUGAUAAGAUUCUUGAUAGCGAAAACGCCCCUGAGAUCGAAAUCUCUACUGAUCAGGUUACCGGUCGACUCGAAAUGUACAUCCGACGCCCUCAGCGAUCUCAUCACGGUAACUACAAGAUUACCGCGCGAAACUGCGUCGGCAGCAAGAACGUUACCACAAACUUGAACAUCUUGGACGUUCCAUCUCCACCAGAGCACGCCCGACCCGCUACUGUCACGAAAGACUUCAUCCAGGUCGCUUGGAACAAGCCUCAGGAUAAUGGCGGUUCUCUCGUCACUGAGUACGUUGUAGAGCGACGUGACAUGUCGAUGCAUGCUUGGCUUCCAUGUGGCAAGACUGAGAAACUCAGCAUGGAAGUCAACACUGUGCUUGAAACUCAGACUUACGCCUUCCGAGUUUGCGCUGUCAAUGCUCAAGGCCGCUCAAAAUGGGCUGAGACAACACCAGUUGUUUGCCAAGAUCCCCUUCAUCCUCCAGGACGACCUGAGCACGUCAAGGUCAUCAACAAGCUCGACGACAACCUCGUUCUCCAGUGGGUCACUCCACGAAAUAAUGGCGGUUCCAAAAUCAAGGGAUACAUUGUUGACAUGCGACACUAUCCCAAGAAAGAGAAGCCAAAGAAACCAGAGCCUAAAGAAGGCGAGGAGGCAACUGAAGGCGAAGAAGCUCCAGCUGAAGAAGUCGAAGAAGUCAAGCCCGACACUCCCGAGCCAGAAGUCGACCUUGAGUCCAUGUCUCCUGAAGAUCGAAAAGCCUACGUCAAAGAGCAAAAGCGCCUUGAAAAGGAGCGACUUGCUGCCGAAGCUGAGGCGGAGGAGAAACUCUGGAAACCAUGCAAUAAUUUGCUCAUCCAGCCACCCAAGAUCAUUACCGAUGCUAUCGAAUAUAAGGUCGAAAAGUUGGUCUUUAUGGAAAAGUAUCAGUUCCGUGUCAAAGCUGUCAAUGAUGUUGGCGAGUCUGAACCUGCUAUGACUCAGAUUCUCACCUCCAAGGAAGACGAUUGUGAGCCAAUUAUCAACAUUGAUGUCGGUGUUCGCAACGUAAUCACCGCUUACAAGGGCGAUCUUGUCUCUGUUCCGGCUUACGUCCACGCUGUGCCACCAGCUCACGUUACCUGGACUUUCGAGUCUCUUGAUGGACCUCGGCUCAUUACUGAGACUCCCAAAGAUCUUCCUGAGGGCCAGGAACCAGAACAUCAUGAGCUCCACGUUAUCGGCGACAACAACAACCUCGUCAUUCGAAAAUGUACUCGAGACGAUGUCGGUUUCUACAUCUGCCGAGCUGUCAAUAUUCACGGUAGCAAGUUCUGCCGAGUCCAGCUCGAUGUCAACAGCGUCGCUUCUCCUCCACUCAAUUUUACCAUUGAUGAUGUCACUGCGGACAGUGCUCAGCUUGAUUGGCGACCACCAGAGGAUGAUGGUUCUGAUGAUGGUGGUGAUUCCAUUAUGAACUACGUUGUUGAAAGACGAGAAGGUCGCAAACUCGAAUGGAUCAGCUGCUCUCAGACUGUUGUCGAAACCAAAUACCGAGUAACCAAGCUUCAAGAAGGAGUUGAAUACCACUUCCGAGUUGCAGCUGAGUCUCGAUUCGGUGUUGGCGAAUGGGCUGAACUCGGUCCAGUCGUCGCUAAGAACCCUUACGUUGUUCCCGAUGCUCCAAGCACCCCCACUAUCGAAGAGAAUCGAAAGGAUUUCAUCAUCGUGACCUGGAAUCCACCAAAGAACGACGGUGGCGCGCACAUCGAAGGUUACUGGCUCGAAGUCCAGGACACUGACAACAUCCGAUGGCGAAAAGUUCAGCGAGCUCCGAUCACCAAGCCACCAAUGCAAAAAUGCGAAUUCCGAUACACUGAUGUCAUCGAAGGCAUUGAGUACCGAUUCCGAGUAUCUGCUGUCAAUGCGGCUGGAACUGGUGCAGUCAGUGGUGUUUCUGAAUACGCCCUCGCCUCUGAUCCCAUCUUCCCUCCAUCUACUCCCGGCAAACCAGAGGUUGACGACACUACUGACAAUUCUAUUUCUCUCUCUUGGUCUCAACCAAGCAAGCUUGGUGGAACUCCGCUCAUUGGUUACAUCAUGGAAAUGAUGGACGAGAUUACCUGCGCCUGGCAAGUUGUCUCAUACCAAUCUGAGGAAGAUCGAGCUGCUAAGGCGGCCAAGGCCGAGGAGGAAAAGGCCAAGGCCGCUGAAGCAGCUAAAGCUGCUGAAGAAAAAGCUGCGGCUGAGGAAGAAGGCAAAUUUAUUAAAGCCUGGGCUGCCGAAAAUAACAUCGAAGGCGAUCUUACUGAUGAACAGAAAGAAACUGCUGCCGAUGCAUUCAAGAAGAUGAAACUCAAGGAAUCUCUUGGCCUUGGUGGCGGUGAGACUUCCCAGAGAGUCCGCGCCAAGGUUGCUCAGAAGAACUACGAUAAUGAUGAUUUCAUCAAGCAGACUAUGUUCACCAAGGACAAUCUCCGAAAGGGUUUCAAGUACCAGUUCCGAGUGAAGGCUGUGAAUAAGGCUGGUGAAUCAUCAUUCUCGUUCUCCACUCCUCCAAUUGAAUGCCGAGAACUUAUCGAAGCUCCACUUAUCAGCAUUGAUGCUGGUCUCCGAGACGCUUUGGUUAUUCAUUCUGGAUCCACUCUCCGAGUGAAAGCUACCAUCGACGCUCGACCAACUGCUACUCAGAAGUGGCAAUUCGAAGAGAGCCAGCCAAUUAGCGAAGAUGCAAAGAUUGAGUCUACUGAUUCAACUUCCACUCUCAUUAUCCCAGCUGCUAACCGAAAGCACUCUGGCAAAUACACAUUGAUUGCUAAGAAUGCUGGUGGUGUUCGCCAGUGCGCUUGCCGAGUUAUCGUUCUCGAUACUCCCGGCAACCCACAGAAGCUUCAGGUCGUCGGUGUCACAAAGAAGUCGGUCAAACUUCAGUACGAGCCACCAGCACUCGACGGUGGUGCUCGAAUCUCUCACUAUGUUGUUGAUAAGCGACGAGAAGAUAUGCGAGGAUGGACUCGAGUCGAAUCCGUUAUUGGCGGUCUCACCUACCAGUGCAAUGACGUUCUCGAGAAUGAGUCUUACUUCUUCCGAGUUUCUGCUGUUAACCAGGUCGGCCAGGGUGAAUUCGUCUAUACUACUGACCCAGUCAUCGCACGAGAUCCAGUUGGUCUUUCUGAGCCACCACUUCACCUCAAGAUCAACAAGAUCACUUCAAAGACCUGUUCUCUCACCUGGAAGGCUCCAGAAUUCACUGGUAAUCUUCCAAUCACCACUUAUCAGGUCGAAAUGCUCAAGAAACGAAUCUCUGCCGAUGAGUUCUUCCAAGACGAAGCUCACGAUGCUCUCGGUGAAAAAUUGGAAGCUGCUGUCAAGGCUGCCGCUGAAGUCAAGCCCGCUGAUGGUGAAGCUGGACCAACUGAUGUUUCUAGCCCACCUGGACCAGUCUCUGUAAUGGACUCUGGUAUCGACAAUAUCACCCUCGGUUGGGUUCAGCCAAAGAAAGCUGGCAUUAUCAGCAGCUACAUUGUUGUUGGUAUGAAGGGCGGUUCUACUCAGUGGGAAGAGUUCGAUGUUGUCCACGAUACUCGAUACAAGGUCACCGGCAUCGCCCAAGGCGAAUGGACUUUCGGUAUCAUCGCUGUCAACGCCAAGGGUAAAUCUGCCCCUGCUUCUCUUCCAAUGAUGGAAUUCGACGGUCAGCAUCCACCAAUGGUCGCCUCUGAGCACCGAAUUACAUACGAAGAUUAUCUCGCGACCAAGCCUCGAAACAACGAUGGUACUCAAUCUCCUGAGCGACGAGCUCUCAAGCAGCGACGACUCACUAAACGAGAUCUUGAAGUCUGGGAAGCCUGCAACAAGGUCAUCAUUACCGAUACCGAGUACACAGUCAAGGGCCUUAAGCCAGGCUCGACUCCUUCCUUCCGAGUAAUUGCUAUCAAUGAUUACGGUGAGUCAAGACCAUCCAACGUCGUCGGUCCCGUUACCUGCAAGGACGACAUUAUUUUCCCUGGAAUCGAAGUUCUCGGAUUCAAGGAAAUUGAGAACAACAUGAAGCUCGAUAUCAACGCAAAAAUCACCGGUAACCCGAUUCCGGAGGUUGAAUGGCUCAAGAACGAUCAGCCAAUUACUGAUCCACGAGUCAAGGUGAAGAAUGAGGUUGGCUCCAGUAACCUCAUUAUCGACGAGAGUGUCCGAGACGACAAGGGAUCGUACACCGUUCGCGCAACUAAUGCCGCUGGCGUUGGUUCUAAGCAGAUUAUGGUCGUCAUUCUUUCCAAGCCUGGUGCACCUUCUGGCCCAAUCACUCUUGCAAACUGCACUGCUUCCUCGCAGUCUAUUACUUGGCUUCCUCCAGUCGAUGACGGUGGAUGUCACAUCAGCCACUACAUCGUUGAACGAUGUGUCACUGACCGACAGUACUGGGCUCCAGUUGGUGAAGAGCUCAAAUCUUGCGAAGUUACUUCUACAGAGCUUCACAAGGGCAAGCACUACAUCUACCGUGUCGCUGCUGUCAACCAGUACGGCCAAGGUCCUUACCUCAAAUCUGAGCCAUUUGUCGCGAAGAACUUGUGCGAAGUCACUGGCCGAAUGGAACCACCACUCGUCGAUGGCGUUCUUCGAGAUUCCAUGACUGUUCGAUGGGAUCCUCCAAGUGACAACGGCGGAGCUGCUAUCAAUGGGUACAUUCUCGAAAAGCGAACUCGAAUCCAGCGAAAAUGGACUCGAGUCGUUCAUGAGCUCAUUCCCAACGAAGAAUAUCGAGUUCGAGGUCUUAACGAGGGCACAGAGUACCUUUACAGAGUUGCUGCUGUCAAUGCUGCUGGUACUUCUGAAUUCUCUCAGCCUUCUCUUGGUGCUAUUGCCCGACCACCAAUUCAUCCACCAAGUGAGCCAAGAAACUUUGCCGUCCAUGACAAGACAGACAGCACUGUCAAUCUUCGAUGGAACUCGCCUGAGGCUGAUGGCGGAUCAAAGGUCCGAGGCUAUUUCAUUGAAAAACACUACGAAGGUACUCGAACCGUUCCAGAAGAUCCUGAAAAGGAGCCCGAGGAACUUUGGGAGAAGGUCUACGGCCAUGAAAUCAAGUUCCGAGUCUUGGCUGUCAAUGAAGCCGGUCAGUCUGAACCAGCUACUCUUGAAGAAUACGUCGUUGUUGAAGAAAUCAAGAUCGACCCUGAAAUCAAACUCGAUGCUCUUCUCAAGGAUGGCCUGACUGUCAAGAACGGCAAGCAGCUUCGACUUGUUGCUUAUGUCACUGGUCGACCAGAGCCAACCGUUUCCUGGAAAUUCAAGGGAGAAGAUGUACCAGAACUUGCUCGAAUCGACAGCUCAGUCAUUAACCACACUUUGACCAUCCGAUCUUCUGAGCGAGAACACGCUGGUGUCUACACAAUCACAGCUCAGGCUGGCGAGAAAUCAAUCUCUGCCGACAUCAACGUCAACGUUUUGUCCGUUCCUGGUCUCCCUGUUGGCCCAGUUAACUGCACCAAUAUCGUCAAGGAUUCAGUCACGCUUGAAUGGCAGAAGCCAGAAGACAAUGGUGGUACUGAAAUCACUAACUACAUUGUCGAAAAGCGAGAAUCUUCUCGACGAUCCUGGACAAAGGUCUCGAUGUCUGUCACUCGAACAAAGAUUGUCAUCCAGGGCUUGCAGCCUGAUGAGAGCUACAUGUUCCGAGUCGCCGCUGAAAACGUCAUGGGCGUUGGACCUUUCCUUGAGACUGCUCUUCCAAUUACUUCUCGAGAUCCUGUCGGCACUCCUGCUCGACCUGAAGAGCUCAAGUAUGAAGAUGUCAUGCGAGAUCGAGUUCUUCUUAGCUGGAAAACUCCUGCUUUCGAUGGUGGUGCUCCAAUCACUCACUACGUUGUUGAAAAACGACGAGUCGGUCAGGAGCGAUACGUUGAAGCCUCCGAAAAAGCUUUCUCUGACUGCCAGGCUACUUUAACUGGAUUCUCUGAAGGUGACAACUUCGAAUUCCGAGUCAUUGCUUUCAACGAAAUGGGUGCUGGAAAGCCAUCCUUCCCCACCAAGCCUUGCAUCUGCCGAGAUCUAAUCAUUAUGCCAAAGCUCGACCUUGAUUGCCGAGAAAAGCUUAUCUGCCGAGUUGGUAACUCUCUCCAGAUUCCUGCCUUUAUCGGUGGCAAGCCUUCUCCACGAGUCACAUGGACUCAUAACAACCACGAGCUUCCUGCUGCUGAUCGAAUCCGAACAAAGAACACCGCAACUACCUCAAUGCUCUCCAUCUACAACGCCGAGCGAAAAGACUCUGGUAUGUACAAUAUCAAGGUCGCCAACAGUGCUGGUGAGAAAUCCGCACGAGUCGAAGUCGUCAUUGCUGACAAGCCUGCUCUUGUCCGCAACCUUGACGUUGUUGAAGUCACUCGUGAGUUUGUUCUCCUCAAGUGGGACGAUCCUGAAGAUGACGGCGGUGAGACAAUCUCCAACUACGUCGUUGAAAAGAAGGAUAUGCAGCGAAUGAUGUGGCUCACUGUCAACAACGCCUGCCUCAAGAACGAAAUCCGAGUUUCUAAGCUCAGAGAAAACGGAGAAUUCCAGUUCCGAGUCAUGGCUGAAAACAGCUACGGUCUUUCCGAUCCUGUUGACACUCCCACUGUGGUCAUUCGAGAUCGAUACAAGAUCCCAGAUGCCCCUGACAAUGUCCGAGCCAAGGAAACUUUCAAGGACCGUGUUCUUCUCGAAUGGAACAAGCCAUAUGAUGGCGGCAAGCGAAUUCUCAACUACCGAGUUGAGAAACGAGAGACUCAAUCCGAGCGAUGGAUCCGAGUCACAAAGGAGCUCAUCACUGAGAACAAGUACACCGUUCGAGAACUGCUCGAAGGAAACGAGUACGAAUUCCGAGUUAUGGCUGAAAACUCCAUUGGUCUUUCUCCGGCAUCUGUUCCAUCCAAGGCUGUGCUCUGCCGAGAUCCAAUCAACCCACCAUCUAUGCCAAUCAACAUUGGUGUAAAUGCUAUCAAGGGCAGCACCGUUUCCAUUAGCUGGAACCCACCACGACACAAUGGAAACUGCGCCAUCGAUGGAUACAUUGUUGAAACAAACAAGGUCGGCACUGACGUCUGGAAGACCUGGUGUACUUCUGAAACUCAGAAGACUACAAGCUUCCUCAUUCCUGACCUUACUGAGUCGUUCGAGUACUACAUUCGAGUAAAGGCUGUUAAUGCCGCUGGCACUUCCGAGCCCGGAGUUAUGCGAGAUACUGUUGUUGUUGUCGAAAAGCUUGCUCCACCAGAAAUCACUCCCGAUGGCAACAUGGUCAACGAACGAGUAGUCAAGGCUGGUAGCGAGCUUGUCCUUUCAGCCGUUAUUUCUGGUACUCCAAAGCCAACUGUCAAGUGGAUCAAGAACGACCCCGUCAAUGGCGAUAAAGAGAUUGAGUCUAAGCUUAUUCAGACUCAGGACAACCGAACUAAACUCAUCAUCGUCGACGCUCAGCGAGCUCACACUGGCCGAUUCUGCAUUCAGGCCGAAAACUCUAUGGGCAAGAAGGUUGCUUCCUGUUUUGUGUCCGUUCUUGACAUUCCAUCGCCACCACGUGACAUGAAAAUCACUGAAGUUCACGCUGAGUCUCUUCGACUUUCUUGGAAGACUCCAUCUGACAAUGGCGGAACUGUUAUCAGCCACUACCGAGUUGAGCGAAUUGCCAAGGGCGAUGGAAAUCAGGAUUGGAAGCCUAUUGCUCUUUCUCACAAGAAGAACAACAUUGAGGUCAAAUAUUUGAUCGAAGGAGAAACUUACCGAUUCCGAGUUUUCGCAGAGAACUGCUUCGGUAUGGGUCGACCAGCUGAGACUGAUGAAGUAAUCGCUCGAAACCCAAUCCAUCCUCCAUCUAUCCCACAGAACUUGGAAGUCACUGAUAUCGACAAGGAUAACAUCUCCCUCGCAUGGAACCGACCUGGUCGAGAUGGCGGUUCUCCAGUCACAUCUUACAGAAUCGAAAUGUGCACUGAAGAAGAAGUCGAAGAUGAAUACGGCGAGAAGCAGACAAAGAUCAGCGCAUGGGAAGACUACAAGACCGUCUCUACUUUCAAGUGCACCGUUACUGGACUCAUGGAAAAUGUUGCCUACAAAUUCCGAGUUCGAGCCAUCAACGAAGCCGGUGAAGGUCGACCUGACUCAACUAUUCCAGUUGUUCCAACUGCUAAGCUCAUUUCUCCUUCAAUCAACAUCAACGUGAAGAUCCUUGAAGGCUUGACUGUUCGAGCUGGUUCUACGAUCACAGUGCCCGCCAUGGUAAAGGGUAUUCCUGCUCCGGAAACCGUCUGGGCAAGUGCUAGCGGCGAGCCACUUGAAAGCACUGAGGAGAACCGAGUUGAGAUUCAAGAAGAAAAGGGAUCUUCUAUCCUUUUGAUCAAAAAGGCUCAGCGAGGCGACACCGGUGAAUACUCUUUGACCGCCAAGAACGAUGCUGGUGCAAAGACUGCUGUCAUUCACUGCACUGUUCUUGAUCGACCAGAACCCCCAGUUGGACCCAUUCAAAUGGAGGAAGUUACUCCAGAAUACGCUGUUAUCGGCUGGCAAGCACCAAAAGACGAUGGUGGAAACACAAUCUCUAACUACAUCGUCGAGAAACUCCAGCAAAAGCCUGUCAAGGAAGGCCUCCCACCACCAAAAGAACAGUGGUCAAUGGUUUCUUCAAAGGGCAGCCGAAACAAAAUCAAGGUCCCCCGACUUAUUGCCGGCAAGUCUUAUCUCUUCCGAGUUCGAGCUGAGAACAAAUAUGGCGUCUCUGAACCACUCAUUUCUGAGCCUGUCAUUGCAAAGCACUCUUUCGAACCACCACAGAAGACUCUCCCACCAAAGGUUGUCGAUAUCAUCGAAUCUGCUUGCACUGUAACCUGGAAAACUCCUGAGUCCGACGGUGGAAGCCCAAUCCUUGGUUACACUAUUGAGCGACUCGACAAGGAAACUGGCAAGUGGGCCAAGUGCAAUCACGAGCCAAUUCUUGGUAACACUAUGCGAGUGAAGGGACUUUUCGACGGACGACAAUAUCAGUUCCGUGUAACUUCCGAGAACGCUGGUGGAAAGUCUAAGCCAUCUGAUCCUUCUGAAGUUUUUACUGCUGAGCGACCAGUUACUGCUCCAGGCGCUCCAUUCAACAUCAAAAUUCUUGAUGUUUCUAAGAAUUCUAUCACCGCUACUUGGAACAAGCCACUCAAGGAUGGAGGAAAACCAAUUCUUGGUUAUUUCCUUGAGCUCCAGCUGUAUGGACAGGAAGACUGGAAACGAGCUAAUCAGAACGCUUCUCUCUCUAACACCUACAAAAUCAACGGUCUCAAGGACAAGCAGAAGUACCGACUUCGAGUUUGUGCUGUCACUGAAUUUAGCGAAUCUGAGUGGGCUGAGCUUUCUGAAACUGUUCAGUGCAAAGAUAUCCUCAUCGAGCCCGAGGUGGAAGUUGAACAAGGUGUCCGAGGUGUCCACAACUACCGAGUCGGUAACAUCGUCAAGGUCGGAGCAAUCAUCCGAGGCAAACCCGCGCCAGAAGUCACUUGGAGCUACAAGGGCAAACCUAUUGAAUCUGAACGAUUCUUCUUCAAAGAAACUCCCCUCGGUGUUGAGAUGAAGAUGAAGGACUCUGUUCGAUCCGAUUCUGGUGAUUACAUUGUCACUGCAAAGAACGAAGCUGGCGAGGCUAGUGGAAAGAUUUCCAUCAAUAUUCUUGACAAGCCCGGCCCAUGCCGAAAUAUCCGAACUAGCUAUCCUUCCAAGGGUGGCUGCGUCGUUUCUUGGGAUGCUCCAGAGGAUGAAGGUGGCACUGAAGUCAUCAACUACGUCCUUGAAAUGCGAGAGCCACAGCAACCAGGAUUCAGCUUCAUGGGCUGGUCUUUGGUUUCUUCCGAAGGCACCAAGCGAAUGAUCAAGGCUCGAGGCUCUGAAGGUCACGACUACUUCUUCCGAGUUACUGCCGAAAACAAGUGCGGUCAAGAUGUCAAGAUUCACUCUCGAGGCAAAGACUUCAUCGAGUUCACUUACGAACGACCUGAAUGGGAUGGUGGAGAGCCAAUUUCUCACUACAAGGUUCUCGGAAAGAAGGGUGCCUCCAAGGAAUUCGAAGAGCUUGUUAACCGAGAAGCUUUCAAAACCAAGCGAAUCAAGGUCAGCUCUGGUAUUGCCGAAGGUGACAGCUGGACAUUCUCCGUCGUUGCCACGAACAAGGCUGGUAACUCUGACCACGUGACUGUCGGCCCUAUUGAAAUGAAAGAUGACGCCGCUCCACCAACUUGCGAGAUCGCUACCAAGCUCGAGAAGGGCAACUUGGUCGUCAAGGCUGGCACUACCCUAAAACUUCUUGCCAAGGUCUCUGGAAUCCCAUACCCUGAUGUCAAGAUCAUGAACGGCGAUAAGGACAUGUUCAAAGUGCCAAAAUGCUCGGUUAACAACAGAGAAAAUGAAACUGAGCUCGUCAUCAAUGGUUGCGCUAGAGAACACUCUGGCAACUACAACAUCGUUGCUACCAACGAGUACGGAGAAGCUACUGCUACCUGCAACAUUACUGUUAUCGACAAGCCUGCUCCUUGCACUGGUCCUAUUCGAUUCAUUACUGUCAUGAAGGAUAGAAUGACCCUCUCAUGGGAUUUGCCAAAGGACGAUGGAGGAACUCCAAUCACCAACUAUUGCAUCGAAAAGGCCGCUACUAACAGAAUGGUUUGGGGCAUCGUCACUGAAUCUAUUCGAGUUCCAAUCGUUACUGCACCUCAUCUUGUUGAAGGAAAUGAGUACAUCUUCAGAGUUCGCGCUCAGAAUAAGAUGGGAGUUUCUCACUACAUCGAAUCUAGCCCAAUGGUUGCUAAGAACCCCUUCUCUCCUCCUUCAGCUCCACCACAGCCUGAAAUCACCAAGUUCACCAAGGACUUUGUUCAGCUUAGCUGGGCUGAGCCAGAAUCUGAUGGUGGCAAAUCCAUCCUCGGCUACUUUAUCGAAAAACGAGAAAAGAAGGGUGUCAGAUGGGUGCCAUGCAACAUGCAUUCCGUUCCUGACCGACGAUACAAGGCUCUUGGACUGUCUGACCAGAUCGAGUAUCAGUUCCGAAUUCGAGCUGAAAACGAAGUUGGUGUUUCCGAGCCAUCCAUGGUUUCCAAGCCAAUCAAGCCUCAUGAUCCUAUUGUUGUGCCACAAGCCCCUUUAGGCUUUAAGAUUGUUGAUCAAUCAGCCUCUUCUGCAUCUCUUUCUUGGGCUGCUCCAGCUUAUGAUGGUGGAUCUCCACUUAUCGGAUUCGUCCUUGAAUACUGCAAAGAAAAGGAUAAGGCUUACAACUUGUGGUCUCGAAUCGAUAUCAAACCGUCUAUUCGAGUCAGUGGCUACACCGUUGCUUCUCUCAAACCCGAGGAAAAGUAUUUCUUCCGAGUUGCUUGCAUUAACAACGCGGGAACUGGAGAAUACGCCGAGAUCGAAGAGCUCUUCCAGCCCGAAGACAUUUCUAUCGAGCCCUCGAUCGAAAUUGCCAGAGAAUUCCAGCAACGAACUUAUAUUCGAGCUGGUCAGCAACUCCUUCUUCAGGCUAAGUUUUCUGGUCGACCUGCUCCAACUGCCAAAUGGUCGAAGGUUGGCGAAUCUAUCAGCCGACGAGCUGAUGUUGACAUCAAGGCUGAUUCUACUUCUCUCUUGAUCCCAACUGCUGAUCGAAAUGACUCUGGUCGAUACACUCUUACGGUUUCAAACGAAAAGAGCUCUGCCUCAGUCAACAUCAAUGUUACUGUCCAGGACACUCCUGGUAAAGUCCAAGAUGUUGUCGUCAAGGAUGUCACUGAAAACGGUUGUUCCAUUACUUUCAGCGCUCCAGACAACGACGGUGGUGCUGAAAUCACACACUACAGACUUGACAAGCGUGAGUCUGACCAAAAGACCUGGUCGCGAGUUGAUCACGAGCUCACCCGACAGUCUGUCAAGGUCGAUAAGCUAUUUGAAGGCAAAGAGUACUAUUUCCGAAUCGUCGCUGUCAACAAGUGGGGUGAAGGUGUUGUCUUUGAAACUCUCAAGGCAACUCGAGCUCGAAAGCCUCUCACCGAGCCCGGACCAGUUGGCCGACUCCAAGUUAGCGAAAUGGCUAAGGACCGAUGCACUCUUACUUGGGAAGCUCCUGCUGAUACCGGUGGAUCCAAGAUUACUGGAUACACUGUCGAAAUCCGACCAAAGGAUGCUGACAAUUACAGAACUUAUCGAGAUAUCAUCGAUACCGAGUGCACUGUUCACGGACUUGAGGAGAACUCGAAGUACAUGUUCGCUAUCAAGGCCAAGAACGAGUCUCUUACCGGUUCUCGACGAGAAACUGAAUGGAUCACCGUCAAGGAGCCUGCUGAGAAGCCCCUUAUCAACAUGAUCAAGGAAAUGCAUGUCAGAGCUGGCGAGCCAAUUCAGAUUGACGCUCUCGUUUCUGGUGAGCCUAAACCAUUCGUCCAGUGGGUCGAUGGUGAAACCAUGGAAGAAAUCGCCGAAACUGAUCGACUUUCUACCCAGCGAACUAACAAACGAGCUACCAUUCUUUGCAUGAAGUCUAACCGAGGAGAUUCUAGAAUCUACCAGCUCAAUGCUAAGAACAAACACGGUGUUUCUUCUGUCAAGUGUGAAGUCACUGUUCUUGAUGCUCCUACUGUUCCAGUCGGCCCAAUUGUCUUCACUGAUGUUUCCGUCGACUCUUGCACUCUUAACUGGGAGCCUUCCGCUGAUGAUGGUGGAUGCGGUAUCAAUGGAUACAUCGUUGAGGCUAUGGAAGUCCAGGUUUCUGGCUGGAAGACUCUUUCUUCCACUGUCAGCCGAUGCGUCUACCGCGUUGACAAACUCAACAAGGGCUCUGAGUACAUCUUCCGAGUUCGAGCUGAAAACAAGGUUGGCCAGUCUGAAUCGCUUCUCUCCGAGAACAUGGUCGCCAAAUACCAAUUCAAUCCACCAGAAGAGCCAAGAUCGCUCAAGAUCGUUCGAAUCACUCGAGACUCUUGCCUCAUGUCUUGGGAAGCUCCAGCUAAUGAUGGCGGUGCAACUAUCAAGGGUUACAACAUCGAACGCAAGGAAGUUAACUCUAUCCUUUGGUACAAGGUCAACAAGGGUCUGAUCAAGCGACGAGAAUUCAACGACAUUUCUCUCAUUGAAUCACUCGAAUAUCAGUUCCGAGUUGCUGCUGUUAAUCAGUGCGGACAGGGAGCUUUGUCUAAGCCAACUGAGCCUGUUUGCAUCCGAGAGCCUUGCGAUCCACCAAUGAAUCUUGAAGUUGUCGACGUUUCCAACAGCCACGCUGAAAUCUCCUGGAAUGAACCACGAAAAGAUGGUGGUACUCGUGUCGUCAGCUACACGGUCGAAAUGCGAAAACUUCCUGAUGGUCUCUGGUGGGAGAAGGCACAUGCACGCUAUCCCAACAACCACGCCACUAUCAAAGAAUUGGAAGAAGGUGCUCAGUACGAGUUCCGAGUCUGCGCCAAGACUAUCGCAACUGUUUCUCCUUGGUCUGAGUCCCUUGGUCCAGUCCUUGUUCGACAGGAAAUUCUUCCUCCAUCUCUUGAUGUUGCUGGACUUGAUAGCAAAAAUCAGCUUGAAAUCAGAGCUGGUGAAGAGCUCGUUAUUGAUGCUAAAUUCCAGGGCAAGCCAAAGCCUGAAAUCAAAUGGAUGAAGGGUGAGGCUCCACUUGGAUCUUUCGGUGAAAGCCAGACCAUCAAGACAUCUUUGAACCGAUCUGUCUUCACUCUCAAGAAUGUGAACCUCUCUAGCGGUGGUGACUACGUCGUUUCUGCUAAGAAUCCAUCCGGCGAAGCUGUUCAGAAGGUCAAGGCUGGCGAAUCUGAACCCUCCGUUCUCGAAGAGCCUUUCAUUCCAAUUGAUAUCGUCGAAGUUCCUGAGAUCGAGCUCGACGCCACUUGCCAGCGAACAAUCAUGGUCCGAGCAGGUGCGCCAAUUCGAAUCUACGCAAAGAUUUCUGCUCGCCCUGCACCCAAGACAUUUGCCAACUUUGUCUGGGCCAAGCCAGAAUACGAUGGCGGCUCUAGAAUCACUGGAUAUCUCAUCGAAUGGUGCAAAAAGGCCGACUUUGAUGCAAAGAAAGAAAAAUGGAUCGAGCUCAACUUCCAGAAGAACUGCAUCUACAAAUGCACUGGUAUGGAGAUGGACGUCGAAUAUGUUGUCCGAAUCUCGGCCAAAUCCAUUGCUGGAGUCGGUGAGCCACGAGAAAAGAUCAUCGCUGGCCGAGAUCCAUCUGAAAAGCCAACCGUCAAUACUUCUGACUACCCAAGCAAUACUGUUUAUCUUCGAGAGGGAACUUCCAAGAAGAUCAAGAUUCCUUUCACUGGUAAGCCUAAGCCAGAAAUUCGAUGGAAGAAGCUCGAAGAAGAUGAUCUCUAUGUCACUGUCAAGGAGGAUUCUCGCACUGAAAUCGACAACUCCACAUGGUGUUCAAUGUUUAUCAACAAGAACGUGCACAAAGAAGAUGCUGGUUCGUACCAGAUGAUUGCUUCGAACUCUGCUGGUGAAGUUUCUGCUAAGAUGCGAAUCGUUGUCCUUGGACGACCUGAGCCUGUUGAAAAGCUUGAAAUCGUCGAAAUCAAUGCUGACUUCGCUCUUCUCAACUGGAAUAUGCCGAAAGAUACUGGCGGAGCUGAUAUUUCUGGCUACACUGUUGAAAAGCGAGACAACGACUCCUGCAACUGGAACUUGGUGUCGAAUUCUGUCAGCAGAACUAAUUGCCGAAUCUCUGGCCUUGUUGCUGGACUCGAAUACACUUUCCGCGUCAUGGCUGAGAACCGAAUCGGUCUUUCUACCCCUGUUGUGACUGAAACUGCUCUUGCCAAGUAUCCAUUCGCCGUUCCAUCUGCUCCACAGGAUGUUGCCAUUAGCGAGAUUCACAAGGAAUCUAUGACCAUCGACUUCAGCCCUCCACGAAAAUCUGGCGGCUCACGAGUCACUCACUACAUCGUUGAAUUUAGAGAAAACAACUCUCAAUUCUGGAAGGAAGGAUGUGAAACCAGAUCGACUGAAGGCCGAGUCAACGGUCUCAUCGAAGGCCUCGAGUAUCAGUUCCGAGUUCGUGCUUGCAACAUUGCCGGUGCUUCUGAACCUUCUGAUCCAACUUGGUGCGCUAAGGCUCUUGAUCCUUGCGAUGCGCCCUAUGAUCUCAAGGUUGAUGACAUCACCGCUUCUACUGUUUCUCUUUCUUGGGUUGGCCCUAAGUACACUGGUGGUCACCGACUUGCUGGUUACGACAUCGAAUACCGAAAGCAUCCCGGAAAGAUCUGGCAGAAGGCCAACUUCACCGGCGUCCAGACCCUCCACUACACCGUCACCGACCUCAUCGAUGGCUGCUGCUAUGACUUCCGAGUUAUCGCUCGCAACACUGCUGGCUGCUCUUCCAAGCCUUGCAAGCCAGUUGUCGAAAUCGACGUUAAGGAUGUCUACAUUCCAGCUUCUGUUGAAUUCGAUCAGACUCUUCUUGAGGGCUGCACUGUCCGAGCUGGCCAGGAUAUCUUGAUUACCGCUAAGAUCAGCGGCAAGCCUAUCCCACGUGUUGCCUGGAUGCACGGUAACGCUGAUGUCCGCGAAAACGACUUUGUCAAGAUCACCAACGGCCCCAAGACCUCUGAGCUCUUGAUCAAGGAUUCAAAGCUUAAACACGCUGGCGAUUACAACUGCACUGUUUCCAACCACUACGGAACUGCUAGCUUGUCUUGCCAUAUUGCCGUUCUCGACCGACCUGGCGCUGUUGACCAAGUUAAGGUCUACGGUGUCACUGAAGAACGAGUCCGACUUCAGUGGUCUCCACCAAAGGAAACUGGUGGCAGCGAAAUUCAGCGAUACAUUGUCGAAAAGCGAGAAACAAGCCGACUUAUUUGGACUACUGUCGAUGAUGAUUGCAGACAGACCAACUGCACCAUCAAAAGAUUAAUCAAGGAUAACCAGUACAUCUUCCGAGUCAGUCCCGCAAACAAAUACGGAACCGGAUAUCCUAAAGAAUCCGAAGCUGUUGUCAUCAAGAACGACUUCACUGUUCCAAGAGCUCCUGGAAAGCCAAAGAUCGCCGCAACCAUGUCUGACUCUAUCACCAUCACUUGGGAUAGACCUACUCAUGAUGGUGGCAGCCAAAUCACUGGCUACCAGGUUGAGCGUCGUAACAAGAAGAACAUGAACUGGGUCCGCGCUCACAAGAGCGCUGUCCACGAGUGUCGACUUCGUGUUGCUCACCUCCAGGCCGGUAACGAGUACGAAUUCCGCGUUUCUGCUAUUAACAAGGCCGGUGUUGGCGCUGUAUCUGAAGCUUCUGACUACGGAACUGCUCAGGAUCCACUCUACCCACCAUCCAAGCCUGGAUCGCCAAAGAUUGUUGACUCUAACAAGAAUAUGAUCCAUCUUCGAUGGGCUAAGCCAAUUCAUGAUGGCGGUGCUCCAAUCAAGAACUACAUCGUCGAAAUGGCUGUUCAAGACGCUGCUGCUGAUGAUAUCAAUUACCAGCCAGUCACUGCACUUCCAAUUCCAGAUACUGAGUACAAGAUCACUGGACUUGAUCAGAAGAUGAUCGCUUUCCGAGUUAUUGCUUGUAAUGAUGUUGGGGCUUCUGACGCUUCUCAGGACUCUGGAUGGGUCACUGCCGACGAUAUUGUCGAGCCACCAAUGUUCGAGCUUGAUGUCGAAUGCCAGCGCACUAUGAUGGUCAAGGCCGGCGCUACGUUCCGAAUCAGCUUGAAGAUGAAGGGUCGACCAGAGCCAACUAUCACCUGGAGAAAAGCUGAAGGCGACUUGAACGAGCUCGCUGUUGUCGACACUCAGAAGGGUCGAUCUACUCUUAUUAUCGAGCGAGCUACUGUUCUUGAUUCUGGACGAUACGAAUUUGUUUUGGAAUCUGCAGCUGGAUCUAAAGAUGGCGCUGUCUCCGUCAGAGUUAUUGAUGCGCCAUCUGCUCCACUCAACGUUCGCGUUGCCGAUAUCGGAAAGGAUGAUGUCAAGCUCACUUGGGAUACUCCUGCCAAUGACGGUUGUGCUCCUAUCACUCACUACAUUGUUGAGAAGAAGACCGCUGAUAAAAAAUCUUGGACUACUGUCACGGACAAGUGCGAGCGAGAAAUGUGCGUUGUCAAAUCUCUUAUCACUGGCGAAAGCUAUUUCUUCCGAGUCAGAGGUGUCAACAAGUACGGCGAUGGUAAAGAAGGCGUCACCGAGGAGCCAUCGAUCAUUGCUUCUAAGCCUGAUCAGCCAAUGUCUAUCGAUGUUGUCGAGAUGACCAAAUCUACUGGCCAGAUCGCCUGGACUAAGCCACUUUCUGAUGGAGGAUCUGCUGUCACCGGUUACGUUGUGGAAAUGGCCCUCUCUGUUGUUGGUGCUGAAACCUGGCUCGAACAGGGCACCACAACCAAGAACACCUACACCUGCACCAACCUCAAGGAGGGUGCUGGUUACGUUUUCCGAGUUAUGGCCAAGAACGCAAUCGGCCUUUCUGAGCCUAUUGAGACUCGAUUGACUGAAGUCGCCAAGGACCACAUCAUUGCUCCUGAUUUGGAUAUGCGUCAACUUUACAUGUCCAGCUACACUUGUCGCGCUGGCGAGAACGUCGACCUCCGAAUCCCAGUCAUCGGUAAGCCAGCUCCAGUCACUCGAUGGAACAACUCCGAGGGAACCUGGAGAGAAACUCAGCGAGCAAACACAGAGAUGUUCACUGAGAACGGCAUUCUCUACACUCGACUCCAGAUCGCCGAUGCUGUCCGAUCUGAUGCCGACGAAUUCGUUCUUACUACUAAAUCAUCUGCCGGUGAGAAACAAUCGAAGCUCCGAUUCGUCGUCUUGGAUCGACCAUCUAUCCCCGUUGGACCAAUUGAGUUUAGCGACGUCAAUACCACUUCCGCUACUCUUACCUGGUCUGCACCAAAGGAAGAUGGCGGCGCUCAGAUUGCCAAUUACAUCGUCCAAUGCCGCGAGUCCGACUCUGACCAAUGGGUUGAAAUCGCUGGUACUGUUGUUCGAGCUUGCUACAAGGCCAAGAACUUGCGCGCUGGUUCUGAGUACAAGUUCCGAGUCUUUGCUGAGAACCGAUUCGGUAGAUCUGAUCCUCUCGUCUCUCAGAACUUGAAGGCUGAGUGGCCAUUCCGAGCUCCAUAUGCACCAAGUGCCCCAACUGUCGUUGAAGCUAGCCGAAACUGGAUCAAGGUCAAGUGGAACGAGCCAGCAAACAACGGUGGUGACAAGAUCACUGGCUACCUCUUGGAAAAGAAGGAGCGAUCUGCUCUCGUCUGGACUUCUGCCGUUCGAGGCUCACUCAAGGCUCUCCAAGCUCAAGUCAGCAACCUUGCUGAUGGUGCUACUUACGAGUUCCGAGUUUGCGCUGAAAACCGAGCCGGUAGAUCUAAGUGGUCUCAAGCUUCUGAAGGAAUCAUGUGCAAGGAUCAAUGCGAGCGAUGCGGCAAGCCCGAACUUCUUGAACUUGGUCGAACAUCUUCUUUGAUCGCUUGGGAAAAGCCUGCGUACGAUGGCGGUGCCAAGAUUACUGGCUACACCAUUGAAAAGGAAGAAGAAGGUAACAAGGGCCGAUGGCUCAAAUGUAACUUCUCCAACGUUCUCGAGACCCGAUUCAACGUCACUGGCCUCGAAGAAAACACUGCCUACAGAUUCAGAGUUCAGGCAAAGAACGCUGCCAACACUCUUUCUGAAUGGUCCGAGUCCUCUGAUGAGAUCACGCCUAAGGAUGAAAUCACUUCUCCCAAGGUCUUGAUUGAUGCCAAGUACAAGGAUGUUGUCAUGGCCAAGGCCUGCGACAGCCUUAAAUUCAUGGUUCAUCUCCAAGGAACUCCUCUUCCUCAAGUUAAGUGGACCAAGGAUGGCAAAGAUCUUGUUGAAACCAAGAACGUUCGAAUCCGAAACGAUGAGCGAGAAAGCUGGAUCGAGAUCAAGGAAGCUUCCCGACUUGAUACUGGCACUUAUGGCGUUUCUGCCCGAAACAUUGGCGGUAUCGACAAUGGCGAGAUCCGAGUGCGAGUUCUUUCCCGACCUGGACCAUGUGACCACCUCACUGUCAAGGUUAUGAACAAGACUACUAUGCGAUUGAGCUGGGACGCGCCAGUUGAUAAUGGCGGAGCUGAUGUUUCUUCUUACACCAUUGAAAAACGAGAGACAUCUCAUCUCGCCUGGACUUUGGUUGGCUCUGACAUCACUUCUACCAGCUACAAGUGCGCUAACCUUUUCGAAGGAAACGAAUACAUCUUCCGAGUCGCUGGUGUCAACAAGUACGGCAAGGGUGAAGUUAUUGAGUCCAAGGCCGCCAAGGCCAAGAACCCAUACGAUCCCGCUAGCAAGCCUGGCUCUCCUGAAGCCUCAAAUGUUGUCGAUGGCUCUCUCACUCUCACCUGGACUCGACCUGUCGAAACUGGUGGCGCUGAGAUCGAAAACUACGUCGUCGAGAAACGAGACAAGGACGGUAUGCGAUGGGUGCGAGCCGUCAAAAAGCGUGUCUCCGAAUGCCGAACUCGAAUCUCCGGACUCGCUAUGGAGCGAUCUUAUGAAUUCCGAGUCAUUGCUGAGAACGCUGCUGGCCAAUCUGAACCUUCUGAUCCAUCACCAUAUGUGCACAUGGUCAAUCCUAUUUAUCCACCAUCUGGACCAACCAAUAUUCGCGUCGAGACUUCUACCAACACUUCUGUCACUCUUGGCUGGAACAAGCCUAACUUCGAUGGCGGCAGCGAUAUUAUUGGCUACGCUGUUGAGUACGCUAUUCAGCCCGCUGAAGGUGUCGAAGCUGAGUACCAGAAGAUCAUCAUCCGCAACACCAACCUUCACUACACCAUUCCCGGCCUCUCUGAGUUGAACAACUAUCUCUUCCGAGUUAUUGCUUUCAACAAUACCGCUGAGUCCGAAGCUGUUGCUCUCUUCGAUCCAUACAAGCCGCAGAUCAUCAUGAUCGCUCCCGAGAUCGACUUGGACUGCUCUAUCAAGCAGGCUCUCAAGGUCAAGGCCGGAGUUCCUCUUCGUAUCAACGGAAAGGUUACUGGCAACCCUGCCCCAUCCAUUUCCUGGAAGAAGGACAACAUGCCACUCCCAGAUCGCGUCUUUGUCGAAUCUGGCAUGGGCAGCACUCGACUCGAAGUUGAGAAGCCCAACCGAAACGACUCCGGCGCUUACGCUGUCACCAUCUCCUCCUCUGCUGGAUCCAAAGAAGUUACCGUCAACGUCGUCAUUCAGGAUACUCCCUCUGCUCCUACCGACAUCUGCAUCAAGGAAAAGAGCACCGACUACGUCACUCUUCAAUGGAACGCUCCCGUCAACGAUGGUGGAUCUAUUGUCAGCAACUAUAGAUAUGAAAAGAGAUCGAUCAUCCCUUGGAAGACUGACGUAAAGAACGCAGAAAUUGCCUCUACUGCUUCCAUGAGCCUGAACUCUGCUGGCUCAGAUGAUGGCUCGGAACCAGCAGUGCAACAUCCAAUGAACCCAAGGGUUGAGGCUAAAAUUAAAGCGCUAUGCCUCAGAACUGGAUUGGUGAUGAAGCAGGAGAACGGCCAGCGGAAGUACACAAAUCCUGCGCUUACUGGAAAGCCGGAGAAGGGGACCGAAAUCUUUAUCGGAAAACUGCCACGAGACUUGUUCGAAGAUGAGUUGUAUCCAGUACUCGAAAGCUACGGCCCCGUUUUCGAGUUACGAAUGAUGCUGGACUUCAACGGAAACAACCGUGGAUUCUGCUUCGUCACCUAUCAAACAAGAAAUGAGUCUCAAGCUGCUCUCAAAGGAAUCAAUAAUUUUGAAAUCAGAAAGGGAAGACUACUCGGCGCUUGCCAAUCGGUGGACAACUGUAGACUCUUUGUCGGUGGAAUUCCAAAGACAAAGAAGAGGGAUGAGAUUAUGGAGGAAAUGAAGAAAGUCACAGAGGGAGUCGUUGAUGUCAUCGUUUAUCCUUCUGCUGCGGACAAAAGCAAGAACCGAGGAUUCUCUUUUGUCGAGUACAAGGAUCACAAAGCUGCCGCCAUGGCUAGAAGAAAACUCAUGCCCGGGCGAAUCCAGCUCUGGGGACAUCAGAUCGCUGUUGACUGGGCUGAGCCAGAAAUUGAAGUCGAUGAAAGCGUGAUGGAAACGGUAAAAAUUCUCUACGUCAGAAAUCUGAUGCUCCACACGAGUGAGGAUACACUUGAGGCGGCGUUUGCCAAGGUCACCGGAAAGGGAACGAUUGAACGUGUCAAGAAGAUCAGAGAUUAUGCAUUCGUACAUUUCAACACGCGUGAGAAUGCUCUCAAAGCGAUGAAGGAGCUCAACAACGGCAUGAUCGACGGCGCUCUCGUCGAAGUCGUCCUUGCUAAGCCUGUUGAUCGAGAUAGCUACGUUCGUCACUCCCGAGCUUCGGAAAGAAAGGUCAUCCAAACUCCUCAGAUGCCUAUGCUUUUGGCUUACGGAGAUGCAACUGCUCAAUCCUUGGCUGCUGCUCAAGCUCAGAAUGUCUACGCAGGCGCUCCACUGUACUAUCAGAUGUACCAGCCAGCGCUCGUGCCAGAAGGGCGCCAAUCAGCGUUGCGCAAACCGCGAGGGGCAGGAGGCACCCGCCCACUGGGUGGCCGGACCUAUAUAGGUCAGCCCAUGCGUGCUUCGGAGAGUUCUGAUUGGCUCUCAUCAUCAUCUGGUGCUCCUGGUCCAAUGAGCGUUCAGGAAAUACGGGAGAAGCCCCGCGACACCACUCAUCCCUACGCCUACGCCAAUCUCGAGCGGCACGCUCAACCGGUCGACCAAAACGCCCACACUGCUCCCAAUCCAGCGGCAGCGCAAACUCACCUCCUUUCAACUCUUGGAGGAAAUUUGCAAGCUGAAUCAAUUGGGGUCCCCAGUUUACCAAUUACAUUCAUGCCAGGUUGGGGUCAAAGUCAUGUACUUAUGCCACAUAACCCUAGCGAAUGGGUCUACCCUCAACCAGAUGGUAACACGCAGUGGAUGCCGAUGGUCUUCAACCCCUGA